AUGCUUCCUCACGUUUGUCUUUUCCAACCGCUCGUUCAUAAGCGAAAGAGACGGUCCGUCAGCGUCAAUACGCCAACCGAUGACGGUAGCAUCGAUGGAGAUGGAUACGAUAAUCAGCACAUGGCAACAUGCCGUCACUCAGCGGCUGAGAUUUCGAGGUUGCUGCGCAUCUAUAAGCAGCAAUACACGCUGGCGAUCCGGCACCUACAGACAUGUGUCGAUGCUCUGCGAGACUUGAGGACGGCGUGGUGCGCGUGGAGCGACAGGGCCUUGCGAGCAGCGCGGCUCUUGGCGAGAGAGUGGUACCAAUGUGAAGAUGUCUCACUGUUGCAGCAUUGGGGUGGACUCAGCGGGGUCGAGGGCAGCAUUUCUGGACCAACAGCAAGCGCAGCAGCAGCAGGAGCCGCCACCGCUGCAGGAGUUACCGUCGGUAUCCCGAACGCAAAUGAACAACAGCAACAAAACCAGCACCAGCCGUAUCAACAAAGUGGGAUAGCGGACGCGGACAGAUUGAUGGGUCAAGGGCAGACAACGGAUGGCGAUGUUCAGGGCGAUCCUCUGGCUUUUCUUUUCGACGUGGCAACACCUGACCAGUACACGGAUAGUCUGGUGAAGGAAUGGCUGGCGGAGAGUGGCUACGAUGUGUUGAAUACUGUGGUCGAGUGA